AUGGCCUCCCUCGCUGCGCGCAAGGCCCCCUCUCAAAGGCCACGUUCCGGUACAACAAGAGACGUACGUCCAAGCGGCUUCCGCACUACUCGAGAAAUGUAUAAAGAGCCGGCUAAAAGAGCGAAGGAUCCAACUGCCUCAGUUUUGAACGGCGGUCGGACAGCGGCAACCGAUCUAGGGCGAUUCACGAAGGGCCUCGGUGCCGACGAUAGAAGGAAGCCUGUUCCCGCUUCUCCGCCGAUGCAAAAGGCGCGGGAAACUGUCAAGGAGCUCCAUGAAGACACGGACGAAGGCGUUGAACCGGGGGCCGAUUCGUACAAAUAUAGCGGACCUGGGCAUGUAAAUGUCUCCAACGGGAUGAGCGAGAAGGUCUCUGGGAACGCUUCCGGACGACUACCGCUCUCAUUAUCCAGCUUAGAUGGACUUGCCGUCGGCGAAAGCGGCAAGAUACUAGACAAUGAAGGUCGAGCAGUUGGUAAAGUUAUCGAGGGCGACCCGGGAGACUUGAUCGGGCAGGUCGUGAAUGGCGAUGGUGAGAUCUUGGAUGAAGAUGGAGAUCUUAUUGGAUGCGUCGAUAUCCUGGUUGAGGAGAAUGCAGAUGAUGAAAGAGAGAAGGAUGGCAGAGUCUGGGGCGACGACCCGGAUGGUAACGCCGUGGGAAGAGGCGGCCUGACUUCGCCGCAAGCAAGUGUGGGAGAAGAGACAUAUACAUCGCCAGAGGCGGUAACAGAGGAUGAGAGUCGUGCUUCUCCAACGAAAGACAUGGAAGCGCAGAGUCCUUCGGACGAGGCCCAUGAGGAAGAAAGUCGCGACCAGACAGAAGAGGAAGGCGACCGGGACCGGGACCGGGCCGAACUGCCGGCGCUUUCCACGCUCAAAGGUUUCACCUGCAACACUCUCGGCGAAAUCAUCGCUCCCGAUGGCAUUACGGCCGGAGAGCUCGUGGAUGGCGAUGCCAUGAGGAUUGCCACCGAUGGGCUGCAACUUGACGAUCAUGGCCAGUUCCAAGACAGCCGAGGAAUCACUGUUGGCAGGGCGAGGCCUAUCCCGAGUACUCAGAGCCAGGCCUGGAAGGACAGCGGCACCCUCCAGGAGGUAGAACCUAUUCCAACGCAGGAAAAGCCAGAUGCUGUCGGUUCUGGGGCACUCGAAGGCCUUACUAUGGAUAAAGACGGGCUGGUUUACAAUUCUUCCGGUCAGGUCGUUGGACGGUUGCUUGACGGGGGCCAUCACCGUGAUCAUAACUGUGACCGACUGCCGUCACCUCCUGCUGAGACUCGCGACGCUGUGAACGGAAUUGAUGAGAAGACUGGCAUCUCGGCGCCGGCUAAUGUUCCUCUGCCGCAUGACCCUGACACAGAAAAGACCGGCUGGAAGCCCCAUAUCUUUGAGCCAGAAUCAAAACAUGCCCGGUUCGACAUGCAGAACUUGGCUCGAGUCAUCGUCAAUGACAGUGGCUAUACCAUUGACAACGGACGUCUGGCGGAAGAAAUGUGCUCCAUUGUCCGCCAGACAGAAGACUCUGUUGGCCCGCUUUGCAGGCAGAUCAUCGUAGACAUCGAAGAAGCCAACCUCAAACCCAAGAACCGCCUUGCAUCCGAGCGCCUGGUGGAAGACGUGAAGCCCCUCAUCACCUCAGCCGGGGAUAUCCUGCAAGACUGCAACAACACCCUCCGCGCUCUCGACUCGAACGGCGCAAUCGCAUCCGCAAUAAAAACGCGCGGCCAUUCUACGCACGACGUCACAACCAUCACAAUCGAGUACCAAAUCGCCGAGGUUCUCAAGGCCCUGGCUCAGACGAUCAUCGACACGAUUACCACCAGCCGAUACCGCCUCGCCGAGAUGUCAAGGGAGAUGCCCUACGCCAGACGAAAGAUCAAUCCUCUUUGGACGCUACUUUCGGGGAGACUUUUCGGCAUCAUCACUUCAGUGGGGUUGCUUCACACCGGCGUUAUUGGUCUGCUUAGCAGCAUGCUCAAAGGGCCGUGGCUGGGUAUGGUUCUCAAGCGGUUAUUGUUCGGCAUUGGACUCGAUAGGGCUCUGGAUAGGCUGGGAGUCGAGCGGCUUUUGACGGCGCUGAUAGACGGUGAGGCAUGGGUUUAUAAGGUUCUUGAUGGAUCGGGCGGUGGAGUGGGCCAACUGCUGAGGGGAUUGCUCGAUCUCUUUGGGGUUCACGGGCUGCUCGAGUCGGUGAGGGUGGGCAUGGUUAGCGAGGCUUUGGAUUUGGACAAGUAG